GAAAUAUUCCUCUGGAGAUAUUUGAAACUUCUCACUGCGUAAUAAUCUGUAAACGACAGGCAGAUAAACACGGCCCAGGAUGAGGAGCCUUCUUCAGUUUGUGGCAGUGUGUGCCGCGGUCUCUCUCUGCGCCUGCUACGACUCUCAUGAAAGCACAGAAUCCAUUGAAGAUGUCUUUGUGCCUCCAAACCGAGCCAACUCCUUCAUCACGCCGUCGAGAGGCAACGCACACACCCCCCUGAGAGGGAACAACUUCAACUAUUACAACAUGAGGAGGACGAUAAAGUCCCCGGCAGAGAGGCGUGCAGAGACCUGCGAGGACUACGCCCCCUGUCGCUUCUACGCUUACCACAACGGCUUCCAGCAGGCCUACCAGAGGUUCUUCGGCGCCCGAACUCAGCCCCAGCCUGCGAGACCGGCGGUGACUCGUCGCUACUAAACAUCAGCUGUCUGUCAAACACACAGUCGUCAUUAUCGUCAUUUUUUCCACAUGUCAUAACUUUUGUGUAAUGAAUCGAUGUUUUUGUGGCCUGAAACAGGUUUUUAUAUCAACGGAAGGCGUCCAUCUUGGCUCAGGCGUUGCAGCCUUUUUUACUACAGAUGUAGAAGUUCAUGUUCCAUCCUUUGUGUAUUCUCAGGAUAACUUUUAUCCACUAUUAUCACACCUUCAGAGCAGUAAUGAGCUUUAUUUUCUGUGUGUUUGCUCACUCUCCACUAUCUCAUAUUAUCCAUUUAUUUAUCGGAUUGUUUCCUUUGCUUUGAAUGAAUAAAAUAUCCCUUCAUUGGGUUUGUCUUUA